AUGCUGAGUGUACUGAUGGGCAUGGCUGUUAGCAAUGACGUGGUCUUCCUGAGCCACCAGCUCCAGUUUGCUUUGCUGCUGACGGUUCUCGCUUGCUACAUCACCCACGAGCUCCACCGCGGGCAUGGGCGCUGGGCGGCAUGGCUCCUCGCGGCUGCCUGCUUCCUCCUCAUCGACCCCUUGCGGCACGUGGUCUACGAUGCGCAGUUCAAUCCGGCUGCCUGUGGUCCUCCCGGCUCCCUCAUGAGUCGGGAUGACUUCUUUGCCUUGGCCUUCAUCAGCCGGGCUGGACAGGUGCUGGGCAACCUCAUGAUCUUCGCCAGCAUGUUUCGCUCCUCGCUGGCCUCCCUGGCCGAAGCCACUCUCGCAACUCUCGGUGAGGAGGACUCGAAGCAUACGUAG